AUUAUCCACGGUGCAAACCUCCAUGGCUGAUGUAAUCUUAUCGGGCGCGCCUAGAAGUACGAUAAAUCGACCAAUACUUUCGCGUGGAAGUUGGCUACCGAGCCACGGAGUCGAAUCGUGUCGCGUCGUCCGCCGAGCUCCGCGUUCGGAAUGUUCAGCUGUGCCGCGGUAAAAAGAACAAACAAAACGAGCCAGCCGCGUGUAUAGACGAAGGUCGUCCUCACGUAACGACGUUAAACGCGAGACAGCACGUGUGGAUUUCUCUUUUCGACGACUUAGCGACGGAGUUACAGAAUUUAUCCUCGUCAGUGUCAGCGUGCCAUUCGUCGAAGUAGGACGUAAUCGCUCGUAGUGCCACUCUUGGACAUCGCGCGGUUCUACGACCAUAAACAGUGCUGGACGAGGUCCCAGGUACAAAUGCACUUGCCGGUCUUCCGCCGUUAUGAGACCAAACGAGAUUGCGUACUGACUCGACUUUCGUAAGUCGCGCUCUUAAAUAUUUCCCGACUCUGUGUUCCGAACUAUUUAAGACAAAAUGGGCAGCGGUAAUUACAACAGAAGCAUUUUCUCGUACGACACGUUGGUGCACGCGAUAUCCGGGGCUGCAGGCAGCGUCGUUGCUAUGGCAACGUUCUUCCCGCUGGAUACCGUGCGAAGCCGACUGCAACUGGAAGAUGGACGGGAUUCGAAAAAUACUCUCGCGACUAUUCGCGAGCUCGCCGCGAAGGAAGGACCGUAUACCUUGUACAGGGGGAUGGUACCCGUUCUGCAAAGUCUAUGCGCCAGCAAUUUCGUUUACUUUUACACAUUCCAUGGCUUGAAAAUGCUCAGAACUAGGAGAAAUCAGACGGCCGGGAACGAUUUGCUGGUUGCAUCGAUCGCAGGUGUUAUUAACGUUCUCACGACAACGCCGUUGUGGGUUGUGAAUUCAAGACUGAAGAUGAAAGGCAUUGGUCAAGCACCGGAGAGAAACAACAACGAAUAUAAUACUUUGUACGACGGCCUCAUUCACAUAUGGAAAUACGAAGGUCUGGGAAAACUUUGGUCCGGGACCUUACCAAGCUUGAUGCUCGUUAUAAACCCAGCCAUUCAGUUUAUGACUUACGAAAGCCUAAAAAGGCACAUUACCGCGUCGUUGAAUGGUUCACCGCCCCCUGCCUGGGUAUUCUUUGCUAUCGGUGCUAUGGCAAGGGCGAUCGCCACUGCACUGACUUAUCCGUUGCAAUUGGUUCAGACCAAACUCAGACAUGGCCACAAGUAUCCGACCCUUCCAGCAAACCCUGGCACAUUGCAAAUUCUCAUGUACAUGUUGAAAAAACAAGGAAUAGCGGGAUUAUACAAGGGUAUGGAGGCCAAGUUGCUACAAACUGUCUUGGCAGCGGCGCUCAUGUUCCUAGCUUACGAAAAGAUUUCGAGAUUCGUUUUCCGCAUACUCUUGCACAGACCCGUCUUGAGAUAAUGAUUUGUUUACCCUUUCAACAGUAUUACCCGUUAAUUAGAUCCUCGUACGAUGUUCCGUUUAUUGCGAUAGGAUCACGAGAUGUAUGAUAUUAUAAAAAUGUACGAUUUACGCCCCAACAAGUGAAACAGAGUUUUUACCUAAUGUAAUACAAAGAGAAUACUAUAU